AUGGGGAAGCCUACUCCUCACGGGCAGCAGCCAGCAAGGCGCACAGCUUCACGUUUGAGAAAUCAAGUCGACCGGGAGUCUGCCGAUGAGGAGCGAGCAUCAGACUCCGGAAUCGUCCAAGUACCUAACAGCCAAUUCUUCGUUCCUGAGACACAGCUCGGAGAACCCCGGAAUAACGACCCACUGAGCCCUCGAUCUACAGCACUGCUCGAGCGGACUUCCGUCAGGAGGAGUGCCGAGGCGAAGGAUUCACAUGCAUUGGUCUUCAAGCCGCUCGCGAAGGAAUCGUACGCCGAUGGCCCACCCGUCAGAUUCACUUUCGGGCAACCGAAGAAAGUUACCAGCAAGACUCCCCCAGAGGUCGAGGUCCCAUCUAAACAGCAAUUGAUAGAGUUGCCAGCUACAGCACAAUCUAGCAACGGCGGUAACGACUUUCUCGACUCGCACACGACCAGUAACAACAGCCCCAAAGACCACGCCCCUAUCACCUCGCCACCACACCUGCCAGCUACUGUGACCGCAGAUGCUGUGCCUCAAGACCUUCCCAAUGCCGAAGAACAUGUCGUCGAAGAUGUCCAUGCUCCAUCAUCGCACACUUCUGUGGGAGCUUGCAAGGUCCAGGUUGGAGGGGGCGAACAGUAUGCUUUCCCGUUCGCGGUUCAGCAGAACCAGCUAACAGCAGCCUGUAGGAAUAGUCUGCACGAUAUCUUUUCUGACCUACCCUCCUCCGUAUGGCCCAAUAAUGGUGAUAUUCGCGUUCCGAAGAAGCCCUCGAAGCCAAAGAAAGGCAAGAAGGGCAAGAAAAUUGCCAAUAAAAAGCCCCAUGGGGUGCCGUGGCCGCCUCGAUCGUACCUUGCCGCUCUCCGCGCCAGCCAGGCACCAUGUCCUGAUGACACGGUCGAGCAUCAGCCUACCUCGGAGAAUAUGGCAAGCCCUUCGGUUGAGCAAGACAUCACCCAUCACAGUCGGACUGUGAACAAUGAUUCCGGGACAGCGGACACAUACCAAGAUGAUCACGGGCAAGUGGCGGGAGGUGUGCCAAGGCCACUCGAACAUCUCGAAGUUCAAGGGAGCCAAUUCCACCCGCUGCACACCGAGAGAUUUCCUGUGUUACAUCCAGCGACUGACAUGACUGGUAAUCUACUAGAAGAGACGACCCAGCAAGCCGCAGAAGCAUUCAACCAUCAAGAUGAUCAGCAGAUCUUGCUGCAAGAGUCGCAGCUCAUAGGUGAUCCGCACGAGCUUGUUCCAAAUGUGUCUUUUGUAGCUCCAGUACCACACAGCCGCCUUCAUGUCACUACUGUACCUCAACCGAGACUGCAGAACGCUGCAUUUGGACAACACGCCCUCACUGGCGACUGCAGUGAGAACAAUAUCGGCUUCAAGUCUACUGUUCAUCCAAAACAUCCGAUCGCUUAUCCCAAGUCUCACCUGCCACAACCCAUGAAGACUGGUACACGCAAGCAACAUAUGUACCAACCGGAUGAUUCUAUUCUCUACACAGUCAUUAACCACAACCAGCCUCACCGUGUGGAGAAGGUGCAGAAGAAGCGUGGGGUGCCUAGCGGUCCACAGCAUGUCACUUCAUCUACACUAGUUCGGAGUCAUGACCUGGAUGUGCAAGAUGACUUUGACAAGACAUUGGAUGGUCUGCGCGAAGCUCAUCAUGCGGACAGAGACCGGAAGGACCAUGACAUGGCAACACAGAAAGCGCACUUCGAAGAGAUCAAGACCCUCCUCAAAGAUGAAAUUCAGCGAAGCUCCGACACGAUUGAUGAGUGGAAGGUGAAGUGCGCCGCCCUCGAAGAGAGCACAAAGCAGCUGCGAGGAAAGGCCAGCAGAAACCAGAAGUUUGUCACUGGACUCCAGACGGACCACGAGAAGUCUCAGAAGUCUGCACUUGCCUUUCAAGACGAGUGCAAGCAGGUUCUGCAGCAAAAGAUCACAGAAAUGGAGCACGAGAAAGUCUCGCUGCAGCAUGAUUUCGAGGCGACCGUCGACACAUUAGCAAAAGGCCAUCGAACACUGAAAGCCACGAUCGACGAGCUGUAUGUGAGAUUCAUCAUAUCAGAAUCCAAGAGGAAGGAUCUAGCGGAGAACUUGGCCAAGCAGAGCAGUAUGUACGAAGAGGAGAGGACGAGGCGUAAGGACCUCGAAGCCAAGUUGUUGCCUUCAUUUCAGAGCGUUCAACGCGAGCUUGGAGAUCGUUCUACUCAGAUCGUCCAAAAGCUCGAGACUCUGCAAAGCUCUAUGGAUGGGGUGACUUCAGGACUGUGUGAGAACUCAGGUGUCCAAGAGUGUCUUGAUGCUUUACAAAAGUUCCAAGAUACAUCAUUUCUCACAGUGAAGGAUGUCAACAAGGCAGAAGGGAUGUUGCGCUUUGUACACAGCAGCCUUUGCUCCAAAUUUGACACUCUUGUGAGCUUUAUAGAGCACAAGAAGUACCCUACCGAAGAUAUUAAAACCUUCAUCAGCGGCCAGCUGCAACAUUUGCGCUCCGAGGUGCUCAGAUUCGACGAGGUUGCGGCAGAGAGCCGCAAAGCCCAAGAGGCGAAACUUGGCCUGGCAGGCGAGCUGGAAGCCGAACGCCAGCAAACACAGAAUUUGAACGAACAACUCGAGAAUGCGCGUCGUGCUGAGGGAGAACUUGACAUUCGGAGAGUUCAGCUUGAACGCCAGCUUGCCGACGUGGAUGUCGCUGCUCACGGUGACAAUGCAAAACCGUCAAACCUUGUGCAGGUGGCACAAGACUUGCGGGAGAAGACCAAAGAGUUGGAAGAAGAAUGCAGGAUUGCAAAAGCCGAGGUCGAGCGACUGCAGUGCAAUAUCAAGAAACGCGAUCGCAAGCUCGUAGACUAUGAUGCCUCUGUCUCACUGCUGAAGGAGCAGAACACAAACUUGUCAGAGCAACUCAAAGCGAAAGCUAAGCCUCCAGAUGUGUCUCAGCUACGACACGAGGUCGAAAAGGACCUCCAACAAGGUUUCAUCGACAAAGAGAGCGGCUAUCGCAAUGACGUCCACCGCCUGACCAGCGAACGUGAUGGCCUGCAGGCGCUGGUGGAUCAGCACGACAAAAGAAUUGAUGCUGUAAAAGCUCGAUGCGAGGAAGCGAAGAAGGACGUCAGCAGCGCUAGAUCUGAGCUUGAACUAGCUCAAAACCAGAAAACGGAGAUCGAAGCUAGAUGCAAAGCUUUGCAGCGUACAGCGCAAGACCAUUCCUUUGGCGCGUCAGAAGUCUCUAAGCUCAAAGAGCAGAUGAGGCAGAAGUCGGAAGAGCUGCAAUCGAAAACGGAGGCGGUGGUUGAACUCGAGAGUGCUCUCUCGGAAUCGGAGAGCCUCAGAACGGCACUCAAAGAGGCGUGUGAGCAUCAACAGACCGAGAUCUCCCAGCAUCUCUGCGCAAUCGAGUCACUGAGACAAGAGACGGACAUCCAGUUACAGGAAGAUCGCAAAAGGAGUGAAGCCGCUAUUCAGCUCGCUCAGAAUAAGAACUCCGCUCUACAGAAAGAAAAAGAUGACCUGCAAGCCAAGUUGGAGUCCAGGGAGCUUAACGAGGCCAAGUUGAGCGACUCACACAAAGGUCCUGUUCUUGAGCGAGAAGACCUACGUCAUCGCACUGCCGAACUCGAAUCUGCCCAAGAGAUCAGUUCCACACAAAUACUUCAUCUACAAGAGGAGCUUAGAAGUAAGACACGCAAGCAUGAGGAGACCCUUGGUACUUUGCGCCAGCACCAGGAAAACUCAGACUCUGCCUUGAAGGAAGCCGAAGCCAAGAUCCAGCUGCAGAAGACUGAGCAUACGAAGAAGAUCGAGUUUGACCGCAGGAAAUACGAAGCUAUUGUACAGAAUCUUCAAGAGGAGCUAAGUAAGGCGAAGAAGGAAGUGGUCAGCGGGCAUGCCAGUCAGCAGCAAACUUCAUCGUCCUCGCUCCCGCCGCAGGAUCCGUUCGCUCAAGAGAUCCAGAUCUUCAAUUCCGGCAAAGCCAAGAAGAAGGUAAACCGCGGCAACACCUUGGUGCUGACUGGAUUGGGUGCGUCCAGUGCAUCCCUUGAGCUAUCUACGCAGCACUCAACCCGUGAUCACCGUAGAUCUGCUGGAGGACAUAGCGAUACCCUCUUUGACGAAGAGUUGCACAAUGAUGAUUCUGGCCAGCUGUAUAACGACCAAGGCCUAUCUGUUGUAGAUCCCGCUGCCGAACAGGUAGAAGAUACACAAGAACUUUGGCAGAACUUGCUACCCACCGAGGAACGCAUCGAGAAGGUCACAGCGCUCAUCCGAGGAGCGUAUUCUGGAAACUCCUACACGAUCGGACAGGCUGUCUGCAUCAAGCUUUCAUUCCUCUCAAUGCAAUGA